AUGCCAAUACUCGGCCUCGUGCUGGCGCGCAGACCGUGGUUCUUCAUCCUCGCCUCCGUGGCCCUCUCCUCGGGCCUCAUCCCGGGGCUCCUCUUCUGGCGGAUGUACAACUCGGAGAACGUGGAGACGUGGUUCCUCCCCGAGGCACCCAUAUACCAGACGGAGAUGUGGAUCCGGGAGAAUUUUCCCGAGGGGGUCCGGUAUGAACAGGUCAUCGUGGCGGGUCCGAACGUCCUCACGCCUGAAUACUUCAAAUAUUUGCCAGCGUCGAGGCGUUUUGAAGGAGAUGGUCUCACUCUGAGUCUGUUGCAGAUGGCGGCUCUGGACAGGAAAAUUCGAUCCUUAGAAGCCGAGGGAUCCGCAUGGGUGGACGUUUGUGCCAGGCCGGAUGAAUUCCUGGAAGGGAACAUCAAGCAGAAAAGACGGGAAAGAGAUGUCCCGAACCGGUUGAGUCCAGAUGAGUCCGAACGAGUCCAACUGCAUCAAGGCAUGUCCAUCGGUGGUGAAGAUACAUCUGAAGAUAUGGCGAAUACUGAAUCAGAUAUUGGCAUUGGCUUGACUGGACGGAAAGGACAUGAGAGAACGCCACCGCCAUCGACAACUUCAACAGCAACACGAACGGCAGCAUCGUCAUUCGUGUCUAUGCCAACAGAAAAAACAGCAGCACCGACAGUGGCUGAUGCAAUAGUGUCAAAGGCCCAGCCAGAACCAGAAGAAAUCACUGAAGAAUCCGCGCAAUACGACGACUACAACUACGGUUGGAAGGAGGAUUCAAAUGAGGACGUUUUUGGGAGUGAUAAGAAGGGAAAGGAAAAGGUCCUUUACGAGGAUAAGUGCAUCUAUUCCAGCUCCCUUCUUCUGUGGGAUGAGGAUUUCGAUUUCAGUGCCAUCACCAAGGAGGAGAUCCGGGAUAAAAUCACGCGGGCGCUUGAUGACGAGUCGAAGAGAGACGUGGACGUGAUACUAUCUGGCGUGGAGCGCGAUGCCGAGGGACGGGUUGUGGGCGCCACAGCCGUCUUGAGCGUCUACAUCCUCAAGGACCGGACGAACAUCACCAAUCUCCAGGGGCAACGGAUCGAUCCCAUCUCAGAGCCCUGGGAGGCGAAAUUCCUUGAGGCGGUUUUCCACAACGACCGUACCCGUCCACCCGGGCUAGAGGUAUACGCCUCCUCAACGCGCAGCUAUCGGGAUGGGCUCAUGGCCCUGCUGGAGAAUAACAGGAUUUAUUUCGUCUUCGGGUUCAUCUUCAUCACGAUCUACCUGGCGGCUACCUUGGGGAAGUCGAAUCUCUUGCAACAGAGAUGCCUGGAGAACGUGGUGAACGCGGGAGGGAUCUUGAAGGCGGAGGAGCGCGUCGGGGAGGCACUGAAGCAGGCCGGGGUCUCCAUCACCAUCACCACGCUCACAGACAUCUUUGCCUUCGGCGUUGGAGCCACGACGAAAAUACCGAUGCUGAGGAGCUUCUGUAUCUUCACGGCCGUUGGGAUUCUCCUCGUCUACGUCAUAACGCUGAUAUUCAUAGUCCCGAUUCUGUCGUUGGAUGAGAAGAGGCGAGACGCCGGGAGGGAAGGGUGUCUCUGCAUUCAGCUGCCGGACAACUACAAGACGAGCAGCUGCUCGCAGGAGCAGGUGUUGGAAGAGUUCUUCCAUCAGCUGUUUGCUCCGCUCAUCGUGAAGAAGCCUGUGAAGGUGGUUGUGAUGCUGGUUACGGCGGGACUGUUCGUGGUCAACUGUUGGGGAUUGUCAGGGUUGAAGAACGAAUUUGACAGGUCCUGGUUCCUGGAUCAGGGGUAUUUAAGGGAAUUCUUGGCGGCUUUGCAAGAGCUCUUCCCGGAGAGUGGCUACAGGGCGGAAUUUUACCUCGGGGAUGCGGAUUACUUCCAAGAGAAGGAGUCGCUGUUGAAGCUGUGCAGGAAGCUGGAUGGGUUGCCUGGGGUGAGAGAUGGCUCGGUGGAGUUUUGGUAUCCGGCUUUCCUGAAAUACCUCGAGGAGGAAAAAGGCGAGUCUCUAUUGGCGUUCGGUCUUUGGGAGCGCGUGUGA